GAUCUCCUGCCUGCGUUUUCCCCUGAGACGUGGUUACUCCUCACAGUCCUCCUGGGCCUUAUAAUGCUAUACGGAGUAUGGCCGUUUCGUGUGUUCAAGAGAUUGGGGAUUCCGGGCCCCACGCCAGUACCUUUCUUUGGCACUGCCUUCAACUACCGCCAUGGUUUUGUGCAGUUUGAUAACAUGUGCCACAAGAAAUAUGGGAAAAUCUGGGGAUAUUAUGACGGCCGGCAACCUGUGUUAGCCGUAAUGGAUCCCACCAUCAUCAAAACUGUACUAGUGAAAGAGUGCUACGCCAACUUCACCAAUCGCCGGAAUAUAGACUUGGUGGGAAUGCUGGAUCAAGCUGUGUCAAUAGCAAAGGACGAGCAGUGGAAAAGGAUUCGCACCGUCCUGUCGCCGACCUUCACCAGCGGGAAGCUGAAGGAGAUGUUCCCCAUUAUAAAAAACUACGGGGAAGUUCUUGUGCAGAACGUGCAGAAGAAAGUGGAAAGGGACGAGCCCAUCGAGGUGAAAGAGAUCUUUGGUGCUUACAGCAUGGACGUCGUCACCAGCACCUCGUUCGGGGUGAAUAUCGACUCCCUGAACAACCCCAAAGACCCUUUUGUCAAGGAGAUCAGGAAGAUGACCAAGUUUAACUCUUCUGACCCACUCAUCAUUCUGUCAGUCAUGUUCCCAUUCCUCACCCCUAUUCUUCGGUUAAUGAAGGUGAACCUCUUCCCUAACGAUGCUCUAGAUUUCUUCUCAAGAUCAGUUCGGAAAAUAAGGGAAGAGCGGCAGAAAGAAGGCAAAGGGGACCGGGUGGAUUUCCUGCAGCUGAUGAUCGACUCCCAAGGAGAAAACAGCAACGGCGCCAACGGCCAUCAGCAGAGCAAUGGGGUGGAUCACUCAUUCAAAGGCUUGACCGACGCUGAGGUUCUGGCCCAAGCCGUCAUCUUUAUUUUCGCCGGAUAUGAGCCGUCCAGCAGUUCUCUGGGCUACAUCGCCUACCUCUUGGCCACGCACCCUGACGUCCAACAGAAGCUUCAUGACGAGAUCGAGUCUGUUCUCCCCAACAAGGUGAGCCCAUCGACGGCACAACCAAAGUUCAGCAAAGAGAACAGAGAAAGCAUCGAUCCUUACACGUACCUGCCCUUCGGAGCCGGUCCCCGGAACUGCAUUGGGAUGAGAUUUGCGCUGGUCACGAUGAAAGUGGCGAUUGUGAGGCUCCUGCAGCAUUUCUCCUUCAGGACCUGCAAAGAAACCCCGAUUCCCCUGGGGCUGGAUACCCAGGUCUUCUUAAUGCCAAAGAGACCGAUUGUUCUGAAGUUGGUGCCACGAGAAAAGGAAGAAUGA